UUUUCUAGACGGCGGAAAUACGUGACAAUGUAGGGCUAAUUAGACUUCAUUCACAGAUAUAUAUAAGUUGUAACGUUAUCUGGCAAUGUAGGCUUCUGUUAUCAAAGUAUUGUCUUCUAACGAGACUUGUGGAGGUAACAGUUACUUUUCGUCCACCAUCACUUCCGCUUCUGUUUGGCUCAAACUGCGAGUUCACUUUAGGUGACAACCUGUGUUGUGGGUCGGUUGCAGGUGAGCUGCCAAAGUUCUCAUGCAUUGUCUUCAACAUGGGUUACAACCAAGAGCCUGAAUCAGAGCCUCGGAUCUACGGUUAUACCAGAACAGCUUCCACAGUGCUGACACACAUGAUCUGCAUCUUCUUCACUGUGUUCAUGGCGGUUCUGUCUCGACCGGGCACAAGUUUGUUUUCCUGGCAUCCCUUCUUUAUGACCCUAGCUUUCUGCUUCUUCAUGACAGAAGCCAUACUCCUGUUCUCCCCCAAUGGCUCCCUAAUCAAAAGGUUUCCACACAAGACAAAAGGUUGUGUUCACUGGAUCCUGCAGUGCCUCUGUGUGUCCUGUGCAGUCCUGGGUCUGGCAGCCAUCUCUUACAACAAACACCUGAAUGGUAAACCCCACUUCACCUCGUGGCACGGUCUGCUGGGCCUGCUCACGGUGUGUGUGGUGGGGCUGCAGUCUUUGGCAGCUGUGCCUCUCAUCUACCACUCUCUGGUCAAAGGCUGGUCCCUGGCCAAACUCAAACGCUACCAUGCAGCCUCCGGACUCGUCACAUACCUGCUGGGCACUGCCAGCCUGCUGCUGGGCCUCAGCUCUGCCUGGUUCACUGCAGCUGUCGGGGAAUACACCUGGUACAUGUCAGCACUCUGCGCCGCUCUCAAUGCCCUCGUCAUAAUGAACCAAGUCACCAGUGCGUACACGGCUAAGAAACGGUUGCAGUCCUGACAGAAGACACAGUACUGACACUUUAACAAAACCUUCACUGAAUACUUAUGCCGUGUUUGCCUCUGAAGAUUAAUUUUUGUUUUUUUUGUCACAUACUUUCAGUUCAAUUUGCAUUGAAAGUCAAAAAGGAACUGAUUCCUCUUUUAAAGGUCCUGUUAUAUCAUGAAGCACCAGUGCCAAAUAUGGAUAAUACCUUUUUUUUACAUGGCAUGUCUUCUGUAUUUCUUUCUAGGAAAUUGGGUGGGGUUAUGUUUAGUUUGACAAUUGCACAAUUCACAUUUUGUUGGGCUUUACUUUAUGACCAAAUACUUCCAAAGAUAAUGACACUCCCAUCAAAGCGCUGCUUUAUUUACUGCUAUUAGCUAAUGUUAGUACACAAACAUGCCUAACUAAACUGGUUAGCAUUGUCAACAUUACACUGUUUUUUUUUGUGUGCAAAGCAUUGCUGUGCAGCAUCAGCGCUGCUAGCAUGGCUGUAGAUUGUCAUGUUCUGGACAAAACGGCUUGACUGACUUUAGGCACACAAAUUUAAUAUUGGGGUACAAUUAGCAGAAAAUACUAGUUGAAUAAAUAUUGGUAGCUAGUCAAAUUCCUGUUUAAAAAAACACUCUUGGCCUCAGUAUUUAUAAAAUCCUGCCAACGGCACUGGAUGCAUGUUGAAUUUAUGUAUCUCAGAUUGCUUAUUCUGCCUAUUGAAUGUGCUGCUUUUGAUUACUUAUGUAGCCACAUGUUUGAAUAAAAUAUAAUACCAAAUGUAAAUUUAAAACAAAUGAUUCACACUACAAUGAAAGAGUGUUUUAUUGUUAAAAUAACAUUGAUAACACAGUCAUAUUCUGCUUCGAUCUAGGCUGCAUGUACCAAAUUACGGGAUCAGCCGUCAAUGGAUCAAAGUGAACAAAAGGUUAAAAAACGUAAUUACAAAAAAAAGAAUGCAUUUUUUUUUUUUUAUCAUAAAUAACUUUUGGACGCUUACGUUGAAAUAAGGGAAACUGCCAAGUGAGUGAACACCAAUAAGAAGUUAUAAAAAACAUUUAAAGAAAUAUUUCCAUGAAACAUAAAAAUGCGCAUAAUUGACAAAUGGCAGACAUGUUCUUCUAUAAACCGAUGAUUCCCAAGAUUUAUAUGCAAAGUGUUUCCAACGGAUCGAGAAGACUGAGAAUAAAGACAUGGCAUCAGUAUGAUGUACCUCGUACAGUUCACAAGCAGAUAUGAUCAUUUUUCAAAGUGCCAGCUCUACCUCCAAAUCUGAAACAAACUAUCACAAGUUCCCAAGACAUACUGACGAACACUGGAGACAUCUUUGAUGACAGAAAUGAAGCAUCCAGAAAAACAGGGAAGGAGGGAGUAGUAACAAAAAGUGACCAGAACUCAGACUGUGGGAGCAAAAAGGUCCCGCAAGAAAAA